AUGAUCUGUAACCUGCUUUUGUCCUGCUCUGUCCUCCUGCUCUCCUUCAGUCCUCUGCUAGCCCAUCCUGUAACAGACACAGCUGAGAUGGCUUACGCCGGCUUGGAUUCAGUGGAGGAGGCUGGAGCCGUCAGUCCAGACGAAUUCUCCAUCGCUGAUCUCAAUGAUCUCCUGCAGAGGGCAGCAGGUGCAGCACAUUCCCCGCUGCUCAGCCGAGAGAGUUUAAAAGUGUCUGAACAGAUUCCUAAAGAGGCCCUUAGAGAGGUUCUGUUAGAAAAACCAUAUCGCCUCAUCCCUCCAAAUGGUCUUAUAGGAACCAGGAGACAGUUCAGGAAGAGAGGAAGUGGUGCAGACUGCUUCUGGAAAUACUGUGUUUGA